AUCUCUCCUUCUCUCUCUUCUUCUCUCUCCUAGUCAUCGUUGUGUAUGUGUUAGUGUUCACUAGCUUAGUUGCUUGCAGAACAAGUCACGCUCUCCGAUUAAACACGAGCGAUCAGCUCUCUGUGACUUUGUCACGUACACCCGUUAUUUUGGAGAUCGUCCACUUGUCCAUCUUCGAGAUGAAACCCCAUCUGUUAACAGACGAGAGGAGAAGGAAUAAAAUCACGACGAAGACUCCGAGCGAGGUGGCCGAUGAGAUGAAGGCCAACACGGCGGCGACGAAGAUUCAGGCUAACUUCCGCGGAUAUCGCGUGCGCAAGCAACUGAAAGAGUCGUCCACGUCGCAGCGUCGUCGCCAGCAGCUGGGUCAGCAGCAGAAACAGCAACAACAGCGGCAACGGGAGAAGCAACCGCAGCAGACGCAGCAGCGAGACCAGCAACAGCUCGGCGAGUCCCAGGAACAGCCGAAGCCAAAGAACGCUUUCCUGAAGAGACAGAAUACCCGCGAGGCACUCGAGGAGAAAUCUGCAACGAAGAUCCAAGCGGGCAUUCGCGGUUUCUUAGUGCGGAAGAGGCAGCAGGCCGUCCAGGCAGCGGCGACGAGGAUCCAGGCUGGCUUCCGCGGCUUCCGGACGCGGAAAUUGCUGAAACAAAACGGCCAAUAAAGGCUUUGCUAACUGUCUUGGCCUCUUCCUGCCGUUUGAAGAGGCGGCGACGAGGGGCGUCGCCGUGUACAAAAGUAUUUUGCGGGCUCGCUCGUGACUCAGUGACGGAGGUGUAGACGAGAAUAAUAAUGAGUUGAUU